CGGCACUCCAGCUGCCGACAUCCUCUCUUGCAGAAUUACCCCCUUUACAUCCGCAGCGUUCCCACAGAGAACGAGCUGACGUUCCAUUACAUGGUGCACACGUCCCUGGACGUGGUGGACGAGAAGAUCUCCGCGAUGGGCAAGGCCUUGGUGGACCAGCGGGAGCUCUACCUGGGCCUGCUCUACCCCACGGAGGACUACAAGGUCUAUGGCUACGUGACCAACUCCAAGGUGAAGUUCGUCAUGGUGGUGGACUCCUCCAACACGGCGCUUCGGGACAAUGAGAUCCGCAGUAUGUUCCGGAAGCUGCACAGUUCCUACACGGACGUGAUGUGCAACCCUUUCUACAACCCUGGGGACCGCAUUCAGUCCAGGGCCUUCGAUAGCAUGGUGGCCUCUCUGAUGCCACAGGUGUGCUGAGCAAGGGCUCAGCGGCCGUCUCUGGAAGACCCUCGUUGUCUACGUGAGCCGUUGUCCGGAUGGGCAUUUAUCACCCUGUGCCCCGUGCCCGUUCCUGAGUGUCCCCGCGGCUGGGGGCCAGGCCUCGGGCACGGGGCGUGGAGACUAAAGGUCUUCGGAGAUCA